AUGGCAACGGAGACCUUGACUGCGCUGCCCGCCACGCAACUGCACAAACCCCAGAAACCCGCAAAGCUUCCCCCCGAGAAUGAACGGUAUAUGAGAGCCUGUUCUGAUAUUGCAAACGCUCUCAUCCAAGAAUUUGAGUCCCAGCGAGACCCCACGAGGCCUAAGAAGGAUGUCAAUCUCAAUAAGCUGCGGGGUCAGAUAUCGAAAAAGCACCAGCUGAGCACCCAGCCUCCGCUGACAGCCAUUAUAUCUGCUGUCCCAGAGCAUUAUAAGAAAUACAUUCUCCCAAAGCUGAUUGCGAAACCGAUAAGAACAUCGUCUGGAAUCGCCGUCGUUGCUGUAAUGUGCAAGCCACACCGGUGUCCCCAUAUCGCCUAUACUGGAAACAUCUGCGUCUACUGUCCUGGUGGCCCCGACUCUGAUUUCGAAUAUUCUACGCAGUCGUAUACCGGAUACGAACCGACAUCCAUGCGCGCUAUCAGAGCUCGAUAUGAUCCUUUCGAGCAAGCGCGGGGUAGAGUCGAACAAAUCAAAUCACUUGGACACAGCGUGGAUAAAGUGGAAUAUAUUAUCAUGGGGGGAACUUUCAUGUCGCUUCCGGAAGAUUAUCGAGACGAAUUCAUAUCGCAACUACACAAUGCGCUCAGCGGUUAUCAGACCAAAAAUGUAGACGAGGCGGUCCAGGCCGGGGAAAUGAGUAAUAUUAAAUGUGUCGGAAUCACCAUCGAGACGCGGCCAGAUUACUGCCUAGAUACGCACCUAAGCAGCAUGCUCCGAUAUGGUUGCACGCGGCUCGAGAUCGGUGUGCAGAGUCUCUACGAAGACGUCGCCCGCGACACCAACAGAGGCCACACCGUUAAAGCCGUAGCCGAAACAUUCAAGCUAUCCAAAGACGCCGGCUUCAAAGUCAUCAGCCACAUGAUGCCAGACCUUCCUAACGUUGGCAUGGAGCGCGACCUCGACCAGUUCCGUGAAUAUUUCGAGAACCCGGAUUUCCGCACUGAUGGCCUGAAGAUCUACCCAACUCUCGUAAUCCGCGGCACAGGAUUAUACGAACUUUGGCGCACAGGCCGCUACAAAAACUACACCCCAAACGCCCUCAUCGACAUUGUCGCCCGUAUCCUCGCCCUCGUUCCACCCUGGACUAGAAUCUACCGCGUGCAGCGUGACAUUCCCAUGCCCCUCGUCACCUCGGGUGUGGAAAACGGCAACCUCCGCGAGCUCGCACUGAGCCGCAUGAAGGAUUUCGGAACCACAUGUCGCGACGUGCGCACGCGCGAGGUGGGCAUCAACGAAGUGAAGAACAAAAUCCGCCCCCAAUGGCGGGUGGGAAACGUUCUUGGCCUAUGA